UUGACGAGUAGUUGGAGGGCAGGUUGCUGAAGCUCAGCCUUGGAAGAAUGAUGUCGGGACGUUCCACACCCGACCGGCCUUUCAACCGACUCCUGCUGCAACAAUAUUUGUUUCUGCUCAAGAAGUACCCAGUAUUGACUAAGUCAGUUACCAGUGGCAUUCUCUCAGGGCUUGGAAAUGUUUUGUCUCAAGUUAUGGAGCAGCGAAGUAAGGGUCUAAGUAUAACGAAGAAUCUAAGCUUUGGAGGCCCUAUCAGAUUUGGAGUAUUUGGAUUGGUUUUCACGGGUCCUCUAAGUCAUUACUUCUAUCUCUAUCUCGAUAAACUGAUUCCAUCCAAUGUUCCCUACUCCCAAGUAAAAAGACUUCUGCUGGACCGACUGAUGUUUGCCCCAGCAUUCCUUGCUCUUUUUUUUGUGGUGAUUUCUCUACUCGAGGGAAAGAACUUGAAGGCACUAAAGGACAAGAUGCAGACUGGAUACUGGAUAGCACUGAAAAUGAAUUGGAAAGUUUGGACCAUUUUUCAGUACAUUAACAUUAAUUAUGUGCCUGUUCAGUUCCGGGUGCUGUUUGCAAAUUUGGUAGCUCUGUUUUGGUAUGCAUACCUAGCUUCAAUCAGAAGAUGAUGCCUCAUCAUUAAUAUUAACCACUAUCAGCUUGGAAUAAUUCCUUUCACUCUGAGAAUAACCUUGAAAGAAGACUGCAAUGAAUGGAUUUGGUCAAAUCCUGAUAUAAUUUUUCAUGCUUUCCUAAAACAUUAAAUGGAUGGAUAACUGUUUUACUUGGAGAAAAGCGCUUUGAUAUAAGCUAGCUGUGAUAUUUGCAGAAAACGUAUUAUUAACUGUAUUUUUUAACUGAAUGUCAACUAAUCUGCAAAUUAUUUUCUAUGUUAGAUUUUUAAGUACAUUCGGUCUUAUAAUUAUAUUACAGGGUAGUAUUCAAUCAAGGGUUUAAAUUGUGAUUGCAAAUUGUAAGAACAAAGCAAGAAUGCCAAGUAGUUUGGUAUUCCAUUCUGCCUGCAAUAACUAUCUAAUUUAUAGUGCAUUUGGGAAUCUUAUUUAAUGUACUUGAGGGUAUUGAUUACUGUUUCUCGAUAUAUUGAUAAUUUAAUUAAAGCAUUAUUUCAAAAUUUGUCAGAUUCUGAGCAAACUAAAAACAAAUUGAUUGAUAAUGUAACAAUAGUGUAUUUGACUGUAUAGUCUGUUAAGAAAAAGUAACUUACCAUGAAUAUAUUAAUACUGCAUGAAGUACAUGAAGUACCCAAGAUCACAAUGGAUGUAUUAAAUUUGUCUUUGAACAAUAACAUACAGAAAAAUAGGAGCAGGUUUAGGCUGAACAGUCCCCUGAGCCUGCUUCACCAUUGAAUAAGAUCAUGGCUGAUUAGAUCUUGGUCUCAAAGCUAAUUUAAGUUCAUUUAACUCUUGAUUCCUCAAUAGUCCAAAAAUCAAUCUCAGCUUUUAGUAUUAAUGACUCAACAUUCGGUACUCAACUCACUCAACAGUAGAGUAGAGAAUUUUAAAGAUUCCCUCCUUUUUCGGCCUUAAGGGGCUGACUCUUUAUUCUGGUACCAUGCCCCUUGUAGAUUAUCCCAUCAGGGAAACUUCUUUACCGGAUCAAUCGUUUCAACCCCCUCAGAAUGCUAUAUGUCUCAACUAGAUCAACUCUCAUUCUUCUAAACUCCAGAGUUUUGGCCCAUUCUGCUCAGGCUUUCUUCAGAGGACAGCUAUCUUAUAGACAUGGAAUGCAGAACAGUACAACACAGGAACAGGCCCUUUGGCCUACCAUAUGUAUGGCUCCUUCAUUUCAAUCUCAAUAUAGAUUAUGAUCCCUUAAUCACCUACUAGUUUUCUUUAAACAAACCAAUCAAUGGGAAUGAAUAUUCUGCAGCCAGCUAUUUAUUUUUAGUUGCUCUGUGGCACUGGGUAACACAAAAUACGAUCGAAGAUAAUCACUGGAGAAAAAUAAAGAAUGUUUGAUUAAGGCUUAAUGGCUUAGUGAGAUUGAAUGGUUUAAAUCUCAGGAUAGAUAACAAUUUUUACAGUUUUUUUAUAUCAUGUUCCAGGUUGUUUUUAACUGGUGGAUUAGUUAGAGAUUAAUUUUCCUAUGUUCUUUGUCUUGUUUUCGACUCCUUGAGCUGAAAUUUGGAUCCACUGAUACCUGUUCAUGGCCUAGGGAGGCAUGUGACA